AUGGCUCAUUCGUUACCAUUUACUCCUCCGUCAUCGCCAAGCUGUAGAGGUCCGUCAUCGGCACUCUCAUUUCAUGGAGUUCAUCCGAUAGGUACACCCACCGCAAACUGCUUGGCCGAUUGCCUUGGAGUUUCUCCUCUUUAUCGUCAACAGAACUCAGCUCGUUGGCAGAGUGCAGCACAAAUUUAUCAGAGUUAUCAAAGCAGCCGAACACAUAGUCGUGCUCACAGCCCAGCGGCGGAUGGAUUUCACGAAGCAUUUAUGUAUCCGCCAAGUUUGACUCCUGCAUUAAUAUCCGAUCAUAUUUCUACUGUUCACAACAUUUUCGGAACACCACUUUCUCUCGUUGAAAUAGGUCGCGCUAAUCGAAAACGUCAUGCUGAAGUUGGUGAUACACUAAAUGAGCAAAGUGUUGGUGGCCCUUUAGAAUUAGAAGCUAUAGCAGCCGUGCACGAACUCUCAAAUGAAGUGCGCUCAAUUGCUGUCUCAGAAAUCUUGCCACGAACAGCCGAUUUGAUUUUCGUAAAUAUUAAGACUGUCGAGGGUCAUCCUUAUACGUUAGAAUUAACAAUGAAAGGAUGGCGGAUUGCAUCGUUGCAGUGUGAUAGUAUGAAUGGAGAUUAUAAACGGGUUGGAUUGCAUGCAAAAUAUUACGAAAAUGCUAGGCAGCUUCUUGAAGAGAUUUCACCAGCACAUUCGCAGUACUUUACCAAAUGUUUGACUGAAAAGCUAACUCAGCUUCAUGCAUGGAGGAAAGCUCAGGAAGAAAUGGAAGAUGAUGUGGAGUCAUUUGAAAAACAGACAGGCAGAGCUUCAACAAGCUUGAAAAAAGAAGCAGAAAAAAAGGACGGAGAAAAUGACACUCAAUCAGACGAAGGUCUCAUGUUCACUGUGGACGAAAGUAGUAAUAGGUGA